CAGCAAUAGGAGAAGACGAAGAAUGAGGGUUGUGAAAUUUGGAAUUUGAGAAAAAAGAUAGAAGGGGUAAUUUGGGAAUUUUAUUAAAAAGUCAACGAAAAAUCACGGUUUGGGUACUAUUGUCACACGAAACCCAUCUUUCAUGAGUACAACAUUAAUUUUCUUGUUUGCCAUAACAAUGGUGGAGUUUUAGUUGUUGCAAUCAACAACAAAGAGGAGAAGGAACAACAACAACAAAUGAUGAGUGAAGAAAAGAAGAUUGACUACUCGCAAAGAGCACAGUGGCUUCGUGCCGGUGUAAUGGGAGCCACGGACGGAUUAGUAUCAGUGGCUUCGUUAAUGAUGGGAGUGGGAGCGGUUCGAACCGACGCAAAAGCAAUGCUUCUUGCUGGUUUUGCAGGAUCAGUUGCAGGAGGUUGUAGCAUGGCAAUAGGUGAGUUUGUUUCUGUGUACACACAGUAUGAAGUCGAAGUUGCUCAAAUCAAGAACAAAACAAUUUGUGAAGACGUGCAAAUGGGAAAGAAAGCGUUACCUAAUCCAUUGCAAGCUGCAUUGGCAUCUGCAUCGUGUUAUUGUUUAGGUGCGGUUCCUCCUUUGGUGGGAGCAGCGUUUAUUAGAGACUACCGUACAAGGAUUAUGGUGGUUUUGGCGGUGGCUACUCUGUCUUUGUUUGUGUUUGGUUGGAUUGGGUCUGUGCUUGGAAACACACCAAUGCUUAGGUCUUGUGCUAGGCUUCUUCUUGGUGGAUGGAUGGCUAUGGCUAUUACUUUUGCCUUAACCAAAUUAUUUGCUUUUACCGGUUUGCAAUUAUGAUCACUUAUUAUUAACCAUGUGGUGUAAUU